UCUGAAGACUUCACCUUGAUAAAUAAGUUUGCUUUUUAAAACUACAGAUUUAACAUCUGUAAAUUGAAAAAAUAGCUGUAAAUUCAGUUGAAUAUGAAGUUAUCAGUUUGGAAGAUGAUGGACAAAGGAAAUGAUUCAUUAUAAAAGAAAUACCAUAAAGUGUAGAUGAUGUAAUACACCUGGUAAUAGGCAAUUCUGUUGAGCAUUUGGAAUGUGCAUAUUUUGAACAGUCAGCCAUUUCUUCUCAUAAAAGCAAAGCAGUAAGUUCAAUCGUGUCCUGAAUAAGACAUUAAGUAAGCUGAAAUAUUUUAAUGAGAAUGAGGGCCUCUCCCUGCAUGAGAAGACAAUAGAUAAAUGAGUUGUAACAUCAAACGUAAUACAAAUAACUACAGCAAAGGAGGGUAUACAGAUGACUCAUCACAUGCUCUGACCAGGGUAUAUAAGCCUCUUACACAUGCUGGCAUUUACACUGAGGAUCUUGCCUUGAGCAGCAAACUCACCACUCCUGACACCAUGAACUACUACGGCAACUACUAUGGAGGCCUGGGCUACGGCUAUGGAGGCUUCGAUGACCUGGGCUAUGGCUAUGGCUGUGGAUGUGGCGGCUUCCGCAGACUGGGCUAUGGCUGUGGCUAUGGAGGCUAUGGAUACGGCUCUGGCUUCGGGGGCUAUGGAUACCGCAGCUGCCGCCCGUCAUUCUACGGAGGAUAUGGAUUCUCUGGAUUUUACUGAAAUCCUUCCCUGACAACCUAACAUGAGAGGCCAUAAGAUCACCCAAACCUGACUGCAAUAACAAAAGGACGAGGUCACCCUGGAUCAAGCCGAGAUCAAGAGCACUUAGCAUCUGAGAGUUUUAAGAAUACCUAUCAUUCCAUAAUUCUUUGCUUUAUGUCUCUGGAUGUGUCUUACUUGUACCUUUAUAGCUGUGGGGCUUCUCUCUUCCUUUUGGAAUAAAGUAUGUUGACUUAAAGCAAAUACAUGGCUUUUAUUUUUUGCUUGACUCAAAAUGGCAAAGUGGUUAUU